AUGGACUUUAGUUUUUCUUUUGGUGGGUUAUUAACAAGCAUUCUUCUUUUUGUUAAUUCUAUUGUUAUUCUUAACCAACAAAGACUUCUUAAACCUCUUGGUAUCGCUUAUGAUGACAAUAAUAAAGAUAACGAAGAAAAUAAAACUGUACGAGGAAGAUUGAGUUGGUUCUUUUAUCGAACACAAGACUUAAUGAAAUAUCCAUUAAUAGUUUUAAAUACAAUAGUCAUUGGAUUCUUGUUAAUUCUUGGAUAA